AUGAAAGUAGAUUCCAAACUAUUUGCACAUCCAUACCGUUGGAUAAUGUUUGUUGAAAAUAAUAAAAUUUUGCAUCACAUCAAAGCACUUGUAGACAGCAAUGUGAUAUUAGCUGAAACGACUAACGAUGGGUUCGGUCUAAAACAAUUUUACAAAAUUGACGAAGAGUCAAAUGAAAUCUACUUUGAAAAUUAUGGUUCGUGGGACUCAAAAUCAGGUAUUGUCGAUGAACGUUCCACAAAAAUCAUUUCACGUCGAAGAGAAAAUUUACACGGAAAAUUGAUAACAUCAAGUUAUGUUGCAUUAAACAAAUCCAGUCGCAAUCAUCUUGCGGAUUUUGUCGAUAAAAGUGUUGAUUCAAUAUUGAAAUAUAAUUACAUCAUGGUCAAUUCUGUAUUGGAUAAACUCAAUGUUACGAAGAAAGAGUUAUUUCAAGAUACUUGGGGUUAUUAUAAUGUAAAGACAAAAAAUUGGUCAGGAAUGAUUGGCGAUAUCGUUUAUAACGGCGCUGAUAUUGGAGGGACGGGGCUUUUAAUAGUUGCUGACAGAAUUCCAUACGUCGAUUAUACGCCAUUAAACACACCAACAUGGGAAAAAUUCAUUUUCCGUGCUCCACAAUUAUCUUCAGUGUCCAACAUUUACACGUUGCCAUUUCGAUCGAAUGUUUGGUUUUCUUGUCUUAUUCUCGUUCUAAUCAGCACGAUUUUGCUUUACUUGACAUCACAUACCGAUAAAUCUGAUGUCAAUAAUGAGAACAAGAGAUUUACUGACUCAUUUUUGUCAACAAUAGCUGCAAUAUGUCAAAUGGAUCCAUCGCUGAGUUCGAGUGUCACAUCAAGUCGAAUUAUCAUGUUCUUCAUUUUUCUGGCAUUCUCUCUUCUUUAUGCUGCUUACACAGCAAAUAUUGUUUCACUUCUUCAAUCACCAUCAAAAAGCAUUCGAACGUUGGAAGAUUUGUACAAUUCUAAAAUAGAAUUAGGCUUUGAAGGUACACCUUACAAUCGAUACUUCUUUGAAAAUGCUGAUGGUCCAUUGGAAAAGAAAGUUUAUAAGAAAAUGGCUCCACCAGGUGAAAAAGAUCAUUCAUUAAAGAUACAUGAAGGUGUUGCUCGUUUGCGGAAAGGUUUGUAUGCAUUUGUUGCGGAAGCAAAUGGCAUUUACAGCAUCAUGGAAGAAACGUUCUACGAGCAUGAGAAGUGUGAGUUGGUAAAUAUUGAAUAUGUGAAAUUCAGUGAACCUUUCAUCGCUAUCAAGAAGAAGUCAGCAUAUAAGGAGAUCUUCAAAGUC